CUCCCUUUCUCCCCAGGUGUCUUCAGAUCUCUUCCAGGUAAGGUAUAGUAAGGUAAAGCUGCCUGGCUGGGAGCCAGCAUAACACCUUGGCAACCCACACAGGCAGGUGCCUGCUAGUAGAUUCCAGCAGCCUCGACCAGGCCCCUUUAAUUGAUAGAAGUGAUAUUUAUUCAGCUGUCGCCUCAGGAAGAGGCUUUUGAGCCCUGCAGGUUCCUAAGCACAAACAAAUGUUUACAGGGCACUUCUGCAUGGCGUAUCUACAGGUGGCGUCAUCAGUGAGAGAAACAGUUGGCACCUGGCAGCCGGGACAGACGUGCUCAGUUUGGCUUUUACAAGGUGGUUGCCUGGUCAGAUGUGAAGGAAUUUCAGGGUCCUUCCCCCUGGGGGAUGUUUUUCAGGUUAUUGGUAGAAAUGUUUAUAACGGUGCUUCAUGGAGAAAACGAAAAGACCCUUUUUAACAUUCACUGCAAAGUCCAGCUUCUCCUGGAGAGCAUCAAACACUGCUGUGGCUAUGAGAAUGAAGGUGAAAUCGAGCUGGCAGACGUGAGUGGCCAGGUGAAGAAUUUGCUUCAGAACCAACAUUGCUAUGCCUCAGAGCUUCUGAGCGAGCGAGAGAUCUGUGUACUCCUCAGUGUCACACGUGGUGAAGGUUCUUCAGAGGUAGUAUUUACACCACUACUGAAAGAUGAAGGAGUUAUUAACCCUAAGUUCCUUGCUAAACUGUGUAACUGGGAAGAUUCCAAGGUCUCUUCUACCAGAGUGAAAUCCAAAAAGGCUGGCAAAAAACCAACUGUGCUCUUAGAGCUUCCGUCUGCAGAAGGCAAACGGAGUCCAUCGCCCCAGGGCAACAGGACUAAAUCUAUGAUUUCCUCUCCAAAACAAUCCAGGAGACCCUGAUAGUGGCAAAUCCCAAGGGAUGGUUGGUGCUGAGCUGUUGGAGGACCUCUCCUUUCCGGCUGCCAUUUGAAAAUGUUUCACGUUUGCUGGCUUGUUCCUUGGUGAAGCACCUGUUGGAUGGGUUGGGUCCAGGUCGGAGUCUGGAACACUAGGAACGUUACAUGCGUGUAUUGCCUUUCAUUCUGAAUGACCCCAAAUUUACUGUGGAAAAACACUUCCAUUCUCUGCUGGCCAAUUGGAAAGGAAGUGAGAUAAUGGCUUCCUUCAUGCUGGCUCACAGAAAAAUGCAAAGUUGCAUCUAAAGAGGGAGUAGCAUGACUUAGUGAUCUAAGUAUGGGCAUAGAAGGGGAGACCUUCUGAGCUGUAAUCCCUUUAUUGAGCCCUGCUACGCUGGACCACUGAUUUAUUGUUAAUUCAGCAGAAAAGGUGCAUGUGGUGCUUGACAGACCCAUUUAAAAUCACAGCUCCAUCCCACAAGGAAUUUACAGUCCAGCUAAAACUCUUUAGCUGGUGGCUAAUCUCACUGAGCUACUACUUCAGUGGGAUUACUCCCAUACUUGGAUUUAGGCAUAUGCUUAAGUACCUUGCUGAACAGAGGUUGUAAUGGUUAAUUCAUUACACUGAAUUAUCACUUUAUGUGAAACAUACUAUAAUGUUAGCCUGGAAAUUGGCUGACCUUCCUUUUGUAAGGCCUGGGUCAUGUAUCUUUGGUCCUUGGCUCCUCCAGUGGAUGAUUCAGAUGAAACCGCUCAGAAUAUUAGCCUUGCCUGGUGGUUUUCUCCGCACUGCUGCAAAAGUGACAACUCUAGGAGGUUUAUAGCUACCUGAUUAGGAGAGCUUAUGCAGGCAAAAUAUUUACCGAAGCCUGAGUAAGGACCACAGGUUCAGGCCCUAUAAGAUUACUAGGUUAUUGGAUGUAAAAUACAACUUGCACUGAUGUCAUGGUUAAUGUGUCACCAGCUUUAUGGGUACCAGCUGGAGGUUCUUUUGCUGAUUGGCUACUUUCUCUGUGAUUCAGAAUUCUACUUUGCUCCUUCUGAUUCAUGUAACCUUUGCUUUAUGUUAUGUACUUCAUCCCUUGGUGUGUCAGUGAACCAUUAGGGCUGUUUGUGUUGAAUGGCUUUCAUACAUGUCU